GAGGACGCUGUGGGAAGAGGAAGUGUGUGCCGUCGGUCUGCAGAAAGCGUCUCUGACUCGAGUGCUCCUUCGCUUUCAGAGAGACAGACUUCUGCUGGUCCUCUGCAUCAACAUCCUCUUCAUGUUGUCUCUGUUCGUCGGCUCAGGCGUCCUGGUCUUCGGGAUCCUCAGCCACAUCCUCCACCUGGAGUCAUCUUCAUACUGGGAUGGCAUGGCUCUGUGUUUUGGUCUGGUCUCUGUGGAGCUCUUCAGGGUUUGUUGCCUCACUCUGAGCUGGGCCAUUAACCUGAGAACAGGAAUCAGACUGAAGGCAGGUUUCUGCAUGCUGGGCUUCAGCAAGAUCAUCUCUCUGAGGACACACAGCAGAGUCUCUGUGGGGCAGAUGGUGAAUGUUUUAACCAGCGACAGUAAUAAGGUGUUUGGUGCGGUCCUGUUGGGCCCUCUGGUGCUGCCCUUCCCCCUCCUGCUCGUCAUCUGCUCCAUGUACACCUGCUACAUCCUCGACUACACCGCUCUCAUCGGCUUCUUCAUUUUCCUCAUCUUCAUCGUUCUGCAGUUUGUGUUUGCCAGGCUCAUUAAUCACUUCCAGCAGAGAGCAGCGAUGAUCACAGCCGGUCGAGUCCGCACCGUGAACGAGCUCCUCAUCUACAUCAAACUCAUCAAGAUGUACGUGUGGGAGCGGGCCUUUAGCAGCAGGAUCACAGACAUCAGGACCUCAGAGAGGAGGAUGUUAGAGAAAGCUGCUCUCAUCCAGAACCUCAGUGUGACCAUCAGUCCCCUCGCCCCCAUCAUCGCCGUCAUGUGCACCUUUGUCGUCCACACCUGGCUGGGUUUACCUAUAGACACCUCCACAGCUUAUCCCGUCCUCACCAUCUUCAACUGCAUGAGAUUUAUUCUGGCCAUGUUGCCCGCUGCCGUCAACCUCCUGGCUGAAGCUGCCGUGUCGGUGAAGCGCCUCAAAAAGUUACUGCUGAUAGAGAACCCAGAGCCAUACAUCCUCAAGAAGACAGAAAACAGAUCCGCAGCCGUCAUCAUGGAAAAGGCUACGCUGUCCUGGACCACACCUCUCCACCCCGCCGACACAGAAGACAGGGACGACCUGGUGUCCAAAACCAGACACACUGAAGUGCUGCCCGCCCUGAGAAACGUCUCCUUCACCCUGCAGAAGGGUCGACUGCUGGGUGUGUGUGGGAACGUUGGAAGCGGGAAGACGUCUCUGAUCUGCAGCCUGUUAGAACAGAUGCACCUGCAGCAGGGAUCGGUCUCUGUGGACGGAUCAAUAGCCUACCUGUCCCGGCAGGCCUGGAUAUUCUACGGGACGGUCCAGGACAACAUCCUGAUGGGGGAGCCAUUAGACCGGUCCAGGUACAACCGAGUCAUCAGCAGCUGCAGCCUGGAGGCUGACCUCCGCAUCCUGCCCCACGGUGACCAGACGAUGUUAGGAGAGCAGGGUGUGAACCUGUCAGAGGGACAGAAGCAGAGGAUCAGUUUAGCCCGAGCCGUCUACUCAAACAGAGACGUGUACCUGCUGGACGACCCGCUGUCUUCCUUCGACGCUCAUGUAGGAAAACAGAUCUUUGAGGAGUGCAUCAUAAAACAGCUGAAGGGGAAAUCCAUCUUACUGGUCACUCACCAGCUGCAGUACAUGGAGCUCUGUGAUGAGGUUCUUGUCCUGAAGGACGGGACAGUCCUUGAAGCAGGAGGUCACCUGGAUCUGAUGAGGGCAGAGGGACACUACGCUGAGCUCAUCACCAAACACCUGAGAGAGCAGCCUCUUAGAGAAGAGAAGAAGAAGGUAGAGCUGAAUGAACCGAUCAACGAAGGGAUAACCAAUCCAGCCUUCCAAAUGUCAGAUGAGAACACGGGCACACCUUCGACCUUCUGCACACCUGCUGAUCAACUGAUGGAUCAGGAGAACAGCAGGAACAGUUUGGUCACCUGGAGGACGUUUCAGGAGUACUGCCGAGCAGCUGGAGGAUACUGCGUGAGCCUCUUCAUCCUCCUCAUCUUCAUCCUGCUGAUGACGAAUACAGCCAUGUGCUACUGGUGGCUCAGUUUCUGGCUGAGGCAUGGACACGGGUCAGCCAACGUGUCGUCUGCAGAGCGAGGAAACCUCUCUCUGAACCCCGACCUCUCCUUCUAUCAGCUGUGGUUCGGUGUGAUGAUCGCCGUCCUGCUGACCGUCUGCAUGAUCAAAUGUUUCUGCUACAUCAAGGUCACGCUGCACGCCUCCACCUCGCUGCACAACAGCCUGCUGGAGAAGGUCAUAUCGAGCCCAAUGAGUUUCUUCGACACGACUCCGACCAGCCGCAUCCUCAGCUGUUUCUCCAGGUGUCAGGAUGAGAUCGACUCUCUGAUGCCUCAUCAUCUCAACGUCCUGCUCUCCUUGUGUAUGAUCACCGUCUGCAUCUGCAUCAUCAACUCCAUCAUCUUCCCCAUCAUGGUGCUGCCCGUGUUCAUCCUGGUGACAGUCCUGUCUCUCCUCCUCUGGAUGUUCCGGGGAAACAUCAUUCAGUUAAAGGUGACGGAGAGCAUCAGCCGCUCUCCCUGCGUCUCUCUGUGCACCUCCAUCGCUCAGGGCCUCAGCACCAUCCAAUCCUACCACAAGACGCACAACUUCACCAAGCGAUUGAAGAAGCUGUUGGACGCCAAUGCUAACCACCUCUUGUUGUUCCACUACGGGAUGCGAUGGCUGGCCUUCCUGGCGGACUCUCUGUGUGCGGUCAUGACUCUGCCGGUCGCUCUGCUGGUUGUCUUCGUCUCCAAUGAUGUCAGCAGCCCGCCUGUGAAAGCCCUCGCUCUGUGCUUCAUCAUACAGCUGACCACUAACUCUCAGACGAUGAUCCAGUCCCUGCUCGAGGUGGAGAUCCGGUUCCUCUCUGUGGAGCGGCAGCUCGAGUACAUCCAGGGCUGUGAGUCCGAGACCUCAGGGCAGCUACAUGUGGAUCAGGUGUCAGAGGACUGGCCUCAGCAUGGAGCCAUCACCUUCCUGGAUUAUAAGAUGAGGUACAGGAAAAACUCCCCUGUGGUGCUCAACGAGCUGCAGCUCCACAUCAGAGCGGGGGAGAAGCUCGGCAUUGUGGGAAGGGCCGGUUCAGGAAAGUCCUCUCUUGCCGUGGCUCUUUUCCGGUUGGUUGAACCGACUGGCGGAAGAAUUCUGAUAGACGGAGUGGACAUCACGUCGAUCCGCCUGUCUGACCUGCGCUCUAAACUGUCCAUCAUCCCCCAGGAGCCUGUGCUGUUCACCGGGACUGUCAGGUACAACUUGGACCCGUUCAGCAGCUACAGUGAUGAGGAGAUCUGGGCCGCUCUGGAGAAGACCUACAUGAAAGACACGAUUUCCAAGUUGGACAAAAAGCUGCAGACUGAGCUGACGGACAACGGAGGGAAACUCUCUGUAGGACAGAGGCAGCUGAUGUGUCUGAGCAGAGCACUGCUACGUGACUCUAAGAUCGUCUUAUUGGACCAGGCGACGGCGUCUGUGGAUGCAGCGACCGACACUCAGAUCCAGAUCACCAUCAGUGAGGCGUUCAGGUGCUGCACGGUGCUCACCUUCACUCACCGCAUCAACACGGUCCUGCAGGCCGACCACAUCCUAGUCCUGGACCACGGAGAGGUGGUCGAGUUCGAUCAUCCAGAUGUGUUGAGACAAAAACCAGAAUCGCUUUUCUCACAUCUACUGAGCGCAGCGAUCACCGGGCCAUCCUGAAGGCCUCAAAGACACGGACUCUGUGAGUUCCUGUAGUCCUCAAACACACCGGAAGUCCUUAAACGGAGGCUAUGAGGUCCUGACAUCCUCCACUCUACCAGCAAUGUGAAGUCCCAGGGACCUCAAACACACCAUCGACACUGAGUCCUCAAAACACGGAGACAGUGUCCUGAAAUCCUCCUGGGCAUCAAACACAGAAAGUGAAAUCAAGAAGAUCUCCAACACGCAGACACUGUGAUGUCCUGAAGUCCUCAAACACACCGAUAACGGGAUGUCUUUAAGACCUGUAACAGGCCGACUGUGGACUCUUCAAACACACACUGUGCCAUCCAACCGACCCGCAGCCCGUCCUGCCUGGACAACAAAGGCUGUGAUGUGAAAACUACAGACUUUAAACAACUCUUGUAAAAGCGUCUUUGAAUCAUGACUUUUUGAGAUUGUUUACUUGUAAAUAUAUUUUUAUUAUGUGAGUAUGUUGGCACAGUUGUUUUGUUUUCAAACUUUCACCUUGUUUAUUUA